AUGGAGGGGCCACAUGCAGCUCCCACCAUGCCUGUCCAUCUGAAAAAGCUCAGCGCCUCAAGCUAUGAGGGGGAUCGGGAGCACGAAGCAGGCCCUGCUCGCAAGAUCACAGUGAAGGUGCUCACGGAGGCGGCCAGGAAUGCAGACCGACUGCGUCAAGAGAUAGCAGCGAUAAAGCUGAGCGUCGCAGCCGGUGUCGGCGGCCCCUCCGGCCCCCAGCAGCUCAUGCGGUCGAGGAGCAUGGAGAAGUCCAAGAGCAUGGAAAAAUCGCCAUUACUAGUUACUCAAGCAGGGACCACGUCACUCGAUCCAGACGCAACGGACAAUGGCGAAGCUCGGAGGCGGUCAUCUCUGGAAAGAAGCACUGCGUUCAAGAUCGGGGGGGAAGAGAAAGGAACGGAUGGACUUGGGGAGGACCGAAGACGGUCCUCUUUGGAAAGAAGCUCUGCUUUUAAGAUGGGGGGAGGAGUCCAACCAACGGACGAGAUCGGCGAGGCCCGAAGACGGUCUUCCCUGGAGAGAAGCGACGCGUUCAAAAUUGGGGGAGAAAGGAAACGGACCGAUUCUGCUGUCAGCCAACAGAGGAAGCAAGUCACAAGCGGGGAGACUCGUGCCAAGACACCGCUGAAAACGCAGCCGAUUGUCGACGGAACGGUACCAGCAAACGUGGGAAAGAAAGCCGCGGCGGCUGGCAAGCGGUCUGGAGCAAAGGUGGGGCCCCUCCCGGUGGAUUCCCCCGAUUGGUUGGACAAGGAAAUGAUUACAGGGCCUCACGCCAAAGCGAAGCCUGUUAGCGAUCCGUCCAAGUCGGGGGGGUCCUCAGAGCACGGAGACGUGCCCCCCGGGACGGUGCAACCGGCCAAGCCGCUCGACUUUUCUCUCACGGCGAUGAGGAAGCACCUGAACAGCACGCAGGCGCACGGGCCCGGGGACAUGUCCCGGUCGACGGAAGAGAUGAAGAAGCAGAUGUUGGAGAAACUGCGCGCCGUGAACAGCAGUUUCAAGGAGAACCAGGGGGCGAAGAAAUCGAAGUUUGCGGCCAAGGCGCGCCCGGUGGAAGCCAACCGGGCGGCUGCUGGGGGAGCGGACACUGCGGCGGAGGUCGGGGAAGAGACCCGGGGGACGGAUAUUGUUGAGGGAAAGACGACGCAGUCUGGAUUGGAAGGUGCGACCAGAUUGCCCCGGACUGUGACGAUGGGGAAAGGCACGGCCGUUGCGCAAAGAACGGCGUCGCCUCUGAAGCGGACAGUAAGUAGAGCGGCAAAAGAGGUCUCGGAGGGAGGAGGCGGGCAGCCGACGGGAGCGGAGUCCGCGCCAGAAACUCCGUUGGAGAAAGCGGAACGGUUGCGGAACGAGGCGGCAGAGGUGAUAAGCAGGCGGGUAUCGGAGCAUAAGGUGGCGGUGGCGGACGGGCAUACGGCGCCUGCAGAGGGGCAUAAGGCGCCGGCGGAGGGGCAUAAGGGGCCGGCGGCGGAGCAUAAGGCGCCGGCGAGCGGGCAGGACGGCAGCGCUUCUACACGAGAGUUGUCGCCCAAACGGGGCCAGAGGUCGCCAAAACGGACGUCCGCAACGACAAAAACGUCCGCCGAAGCGCCAAACCGGACGGCUGUCGUGCAAGCGAGUACAGAGGGGCCAGAUCGGACGGGGGAUAAGCAAGCCUUCGCGGAGGCGCGUACGAAAGAGGUUCCGUCUGGGUUGCCGGCUCAGCGUUCGUCGCAGGCCGAGGGGGAACCAGGAUCAUUACCGAACGUUGUGACGGUCAGCGCGGAAAGACGUGAAAGCGUUACGGCGCGGCGGAGCAGCGACGGAAAAGGACCAGGCAGCAGGAGGCAGAGCGUGUCGAGCAGCGACAAGAAGCCGGAAUUCAUCGACCGGGCGAAGAAGACGGCGGUAAAGGAGGCGUUGGAGAAGAAGGCGGAGAAUCUGCGCAAAUUUCGGGAACAGAAAGAGGCACAGGCGGCGAUGCUCCAGAAACAGAAGGAAGACCACGAGCGUAAGCACCUCGAAAAGCUGGGCCAGCUUCCGCCCGCAGCCGUUCCGCCAACGGAGUCCGCUCACGUUCCCGAGCAGAACCCAGCGAACCCAGCGAAGACGUCUCAACCAACCCCAAACAAAGAACCCACGCAGCGCCAGCUGUCGCCGUUGAAAGCACGGGCAGCACCGAAUCCAACGUCAAAGAAACGCGCAACGAGUGUCGCAGCCGUGUCUGAAUCCGCCGGAGCGGAAUCCGCAGCGGAAUCCUCAGCGAUAUCAAGGGCCGCAGAAGGGCCACCGGCAAGCGUAUCUGACGCUCCGCUGAAGUCAACGGCGCUCCGCACGACGUUCUCGCUGAAGAAGGGGGCCGUGGCAAAGACUGGGGGGGCGCAUGAGGGAGCCACGCGUCAGGAUCCAGAAGGUGUCACGUCAGCGAGGGAUCCGUCCAAAGCGGUCAAACCUACCCUUACACUGGGGCCGGGUUGGGAGACGGCGCAGAAGCACGCGGGGAAAGUGGAGGAACCCCCGGAGGAGAAAGCGGCGAUCGGGGCGCCAGAUUUGGAAGGUGCCACGUCAGCAGGGGAUCUAUUCAAAAAUUCAAAAUCCGCCCUCAAAUUGGGGCCGGGCUGGGAGACGGCGCAGAAGCGGGCGGGGAAAAUAGAGGAGCCCCCGGAGGAGAAAGCGGCGGUCGGGGCGCCGAUUUUGGAGCUCUCGGAAGCGGUCGGGGCGUCGAGUCCCGGGCACUCUGAUGCGGCCGGGAGGCUCUUCGUGCAAGCAAGCCCGAAGGAUCCGCCCGGGAAGGCGGAAUCCGGCCCGGAACCGGAACGAGAGGACUCUCAGUCAAGUACUGCUGCGGCCGAGAAGGAGUUCCCGACAAAGAGAGACGGAGCACCGAGAGAAAAUGGUGAUGGCGAGGUUAAGGACCCGGUUAUCAAGCAACUCCACGAUAACCCCGCCUUCUCGCCCGCCAACAGCCCCAUGGCGAAAGCAAGCAAAGCGGCGCCCUCCCUUAAACCAGAUGUCAGUCCGGAACCCGCACCGGUUAACGCAAACCCGAUCCCGGAGAGUUCAGAGAUGGACCCCGGUUGGCCCCUCCGACCACACUGGACCCCCGCUUCAGCACCCGGUACUAACCCUCCAGGGUUGACUGAGUUAACCGGAAAACUGAGGCACGCUUCAACCGAGGAGAUCUUUGUUUCGGCCGGGCAUGCCGUCGCUGCUGCGGAAAAGAAGCUGAACGAGAGCCCGGUUGUCGGAUCCCCAACCGCUCCUUCAGACGAGAAGGAGCCGGUAGUUGUUGAGCCGGUUGCAGUACCCACCGGCCCGGCUCGCGUUCCGUCGGUCAACGUCCACAAAGGGAAAGCAAAGACUUCGUCGAAGUCUUCGGACGGCGACCCACCAGCUGCGGACGCGCACAUGACCGUCGCCAAGGCUGAACGCGUUGACUCCAGACCGGCAGGUACAAGGGACGGGCCGGAACGUUCCGCCGGAACAGAUGGAAAGAAACCGGCGGCCGGGAAACAGAUCUCCUUCUCAAAGUCCGUGAGCAGGGGCCUCUCCACCAAAACCCCCCCUAUUUCCCAGGCGCCCGUUGCCCCCCAGGAAGGAGAAACGGCGAAACCCUUAAAACCUGAAAUGGUGCCCAGUGCCGCGGCCGCCAGGACCGAGCCGACAAUCGAGAAAACCGCUUCCGGUCUGAAGCCGCUCAAGAUCCCCAACAACCGGAAGAGCGUGACCGGAACGCUUCCCGGCAGCCCAGGCGCCCCGGCGCCGAGCGCCCCUGUUCUGGUGGUCCCGGUCGACGGAACCGAGCGGCGGAAGAGCGGCGAGAAGCGGACGGAAGAGCCGGAAACGAAGAAUCUGGCGGAAAGCCAGCGGAAGAUGCAAGAGGAGCUGGACCUGAUCGCGGCGGGGCUGGCUUACGUCAAAGUGAACAGAUACGGCAGCUCGGCGCCCCCGGAAGCCCCCGCGACCUCGGUACCGGCUCCUGAGCCCAAGAAGAGCCCGGCGAAGGGCGUGGACCAUCGGACGGCGCCCGUUGUGGAGCAGGCCCAGAUCGACGGCCAGACGGUCGCCGUUCGCCGCCGCUCGAGCGCCGCGGAGCUGGAGCGCGAGCGCGCGCUGCGCGAGCGGCUGGAGGCGCUCAGCCAAGGGACACCGCUGAGGAAGCUGAAUCGGCGGAGCAAGGGGGACAAAGUCCGGACAUAUUGGGUGGAGAAGGACGGUCCGAACAAGGUUCUCCUUUGCUGGAAGUCGGGCGUUCUUGUGAAGACGGUCAAGUCCGUGGAGCUCGCGGCCGCGCCCACGGUCGUAACGCCCGCGAGCGGCGGGCCGGUGCUGAUAAGCCUCCAAACCUCGAGCGGCCGCGAUCUGACUUUGGAGGCGCCUAUCGACAGGGACCAGUUCAAGCUUUGGACAGAGGGGCUCGGAGGCAUAGUGGAAGACUCGUCCACUAAAAGUUAG